CAAAAGCACAGGAAGUUUCAUUUCAUAAAAUGUAUAAGAUCUAAAAUGAGUAUGAAACAAAUAAAUUCCAUUUGAAAAUCUUUGACUCGGCCCGGCCAGCGAUCCAGCUACGCAUAACCCUUACCCCACCACCUUACACCUGCAUUUUUUGUUUCAUUUCAAUUUUCAAAUCCCAAAAGCGUGUCCUUUUCUUUUAACUCCAAAUGUCCUUUUAUUUUUACUUGAAACUCAAUCCAAUUCCAUUUCCCCCCUAUCCUAUCAAAUAAAGCCCCCUCUCCCUCUCCUUCAUUUCCAAAAUGACACCACCACCUCUCUUCUCUCUUUCUCUUUCUCUAUCUCUCCUAAUUUUCUCGCUCUUGCCCACUUCUUCAGCUGACCAAAAUGUUACAGCCUCAAUCUCACAGCAAUUUAGAGAGGCCCCCCAAUUCUACAACGCCGCCGCCUGCCCUUCAAUCCUGGGUGGCGCCAGGCAAUUCAUUUGCUCGAGCGACGCCGUCCACGUCGCAAUGACGCUGGACGCGGCCUACAUUCGGGGCUCCAUGGCGGCGAUCCUCUCCAUCCUCCAGCACACCUCCUGCCCUCAAAACGUCUUCUUCCACUUCGUCGCCUCCGCCUCCGCCGACGCGUCGCUCCUCGGCUCCACCAUCGGCGCCUCCUUUCCGUACCUCAGCUUCAGAAUCUACCACUUCCGCGACUCGGCGAUGGCGGGCCUCAUCUCCACCUCCAUCCGCUCCGCCCUCGACUGCCCCCUCAACUACGCCCGCAGCUACCUCGCCGACCUCCUCCCCCCCUGCGUCCGCCGCGUCGUCUACCUCGACUCCGAUCUGGUCCUGGUGGACGACAUCGCGAAGCUGGCCGCCAUCCCGCUGGGCGGCGGCAGGGUCCUGGCGGCGCCGGAGUACUGCAACGCCAACUUCACCUCCUACUUCACCCCGACCUUCUGGUCCAACCCUUCCCUCUCCCUCACCUUCGCCAACCGCAAGGCCUGCUACUUCAACACGGGAGUGAUGGUGAUCGAUCUGGAGCGGUGGCGCGGCGGCGGAUACACGAUGAAGAUCGAGGAAUGGAUGGAGCUGCAGAAGAGGAUGAGAAUCUACGAAUUAGGAUCGCUGCCACCGUUUCUGCUGGUAUUCGCCGGAGAGAUUGAGCCCGUGGAUCACAGAUGGAACCAACACGGCCUCGGAGGGGAUAACUUCCGCGGGCUUUGCCGCGAUCUCCAUCCGGGUCCAGUGAGCCUGCUGCAUUGGAGCGGGAAAGGGAAGCCGUGGGCCCGCCUCGAUGCCAGCCGCCCCUGCCCGCUCGACGCGCUCUGGGCGCCUUACGAUCUGCUCAAGCCUCCUUAUUCCUUCGAUUCUUCAGAUUAAUUCAUAUUCAUCUCUUUGUUUUUUUUUUUUUCACUUGAUUUUUCCAGUUAUUACUCUCACGCAUUGAAGCUGUACAGAAACGGUGGUGUAUCAAUACACACAACACAUACGUAUAUAUAUACGAGGUGAGGUGAGGAGAGGAGUUUUCGUGUUUGUAAUUAAAUGUGGUUGGGCCUCUCCAGAUCGCGGUAGCUAUAGAGAGAUGUUUUGACGUUCAUAAAUUUCAUUUGUAUCAAGUAUACAAUAUCGACAAAUAAAAUUUCAGUGUUGCUGAA